AUGUCCAACAUCAUCGGCAACCGCAACUCCACCCCGGAGACCUCGAGCUCCUCCUUGUCCGGCUCCACCCUUCGACCGCCCCCAUCUCGCACCAUUGGGUCUGGCCACCAUCUGCGUGCUUCCGCUGACAUGGGCGCCUUCUCUGCUCCCUCUCCCCUCGCAACUCGCGGCAUCCGACCGGCCUCAGAGGUCUACUUCAACCAGUUCUCGCAGAGCGGGAACUCGGGCAACCCGGAAGAUAUGGCUGAAAAGGCGGCACAACAAUGGAUUGCUGACAUCGAUCAAUACGAGACUACAUUGGAAGAGAUGGCUGCGGCAACGCUCGAUCAGGACUUCAAGGACGAGCUGAGUGCGAUUGAGCAGUGGUUCCGUGUGCUCAGUGAGCCUGAAAGGACUGCUGCUCUGUACGCGCUCCUCCAGCAGACGACGCAAGUUCAGAUUCGCUUCUUCAUUCAGGUCCUUCAGCAGAUGGCCAAGAGUCAUCCCAUGUCCGGCGUUUUGUCUCCUGCUGCGUUUGGCGAGAAAGAUCCAAUGUCUUCGAGGAUGAACGAUGCUAUGAACAAAUUGAAUGUCGAAGGGUCACGCGGUUCGUUUGGCUUCGGCAGCAAGCCGCCACCAUCUCCUGGGGCCAAACGCAUGUCUGGACUCGACCCCAACACCAUCAAGUCCAUGUUCCCGGAUGCUGCCAACGCCAUUGAGGAUCAGAAGGCGGAAUUCCAGAAGACGACUGGCAACGCACCAAAAUCCAACAGGAGCAGUGCUGUUGGGGAUCGCUCUUCGCAAUACAUGCCCACUAUCUCUGCCCCUGAGGAGGAGAGCAAGAAGAAUGGAUCGAACAUCCCGUCUGGUCCAUGGAGAAGCACUAGCCAAUCUCAGGGGGAGAAUCAACCUCCUAUUGGGCGGCCAAAGUCGUCGUCUUCCCAAGGCCAGCAACCCAUGGGUCAGUUUGGUGUCAGCCAGCCUCCUCCAUCUGCUGGACUGCGUUCUUCGAGGCCUUUCCCACUGUCGAGCGAUAACAACAUUCAAAGUCAGACUGCAACUGUUGGUGAUGGAUCGAACAACGGCAUGCCUAUCCUGUCUCCGUACGCACCAGGGGCAAGCUGGGCUUCGAUGACCAACACUCCGAUGGUUUCCAACUUCAACACUCAGCAAAGCAACAACCAGGCCGACAUGGUUGCCAACGCCACUGCUAUGAAGCUUGCUGCACUCUCCACUGUGAACAACCGCAUCCAGUUGGACGAUGUGCGCAAGUAUAGACGAGCUAGGUCUCAGGAAGGCCAGGGUGGCCAGCAGCAGCCAAUGUCUCCAGGUGUACCUUCGAACAUUCUCAUGACGAACGAACUGGGUCAAAUCUUGACCCCACAGCAAGCAGCUGCCCUGCAACAACAGCAGAUUGCGGCUAUGCAGGGUCGUCGUUCACGUCCUGCCUCACCCGGCAUCGCUAUAACUGGACCUCCUGGUAUCAACACCGCCGCUAUGGGUAUGCAAGUGCCGCAGAACAAUGGCUAUCUGGCAGCUUUCGACGGUGGAAUGGGUGGACUCAACAACGGCAUGGCGGGUAUGAACUUGGCAAACUUCGGCAUUGGCCACAUGAAUGAAGGGUAUCUUUCUGAUGCUUCUGAAAUCAACCGUGGACGGUCCCCGCGUGGUCGACGAGGAAGCUCCAAGCCACCGGAAGACCCAACCGAUCUGGCGCUUCUGAACGAUAUCCCCAACUGGCUGCGAACUCUCCGACUGCACAAGUACACGGACAAUCUUAAGGAUAUGAAGUGGCAGGAUCUGGUGCAGUUGGAUGAUGACGGUUUGGAGCAGAGAGGUGUAGCAGCUAAGGGCGCGAGGACGAAGUUGUUGAAGGUAUUUGAGCAGGUCCGUGACGCGCAGAACGAAGGCCGACUUUAA